AAAAAGGAUGAGACUGAAACUCCCCCUGCAACGCAGACAGGAAUGGACACUCAUAGAAGAGAACCAGCCAAACUGCAGGUUAAGCCCAAUACUACCAAGAGAAAACAAGCCAGCAAGACCCUCGCUGCCAAGGAAGCAGAGUCGAUCACCAUUCAGACAAACACCACUCAGCACUCAGAGCUUCCUGGGCUUUCUGUGCAGCCAAACGUCUUUGAUGACGAUGUCACUGAGCCACAGAAAGGAAGUGAUGAUCAUGUGGACGUUAAAAAGGAGACUCUGACAGGUGGUGAGGACCCUGAAGAUAGCAGCUCAGGAGCACAAACUACAAGGACUAGGCGGGCUAGUAGUCGGAAUAGAAAAGCCAAAGGCUCACUUUCCCUAACUUCUGAGACCAACAACGCUGCCCCUGCAAGCGAUUCUCCACCUGCAGGAAAACCAUCUACCCCAGCACCUGGUGCCUCAACAUCGUAUGAUGUCGCUCCCACAUUCAGUCAAACACAGCCGACCCAGGAAACCCGCUCAACAUCUUCUACCACAUCACCAACACAAACAGAGGUGGACGCUGAACAGACUUCUGAGCACAGCCCACUAUGCUCAGACACAACUCGUAGCACUUCUCUGUGUCCUGCUGAGGUCUCAGCUUCUCAGCGGAGUGUGGAGAGCAGCUCUAUAGAGGAGGAGCCCACCAUUGUGUCUCAGUACUUCUUAAGUGACAUUUUUACAGAAGUGACUGCAGAGAAAAAUGAGACUGAAAUUCCCCCUGCAACGCAGACAGGAAUGGACACUCAUAGAAGAGAACCAGCCAAACUGCAGGUUAAGCCCAAUACUACCAAGAGGAAACAAGCCAGCAAGACCCUCGCUGCCAAGGAAGCAGAGUCGAUCACCAUUCAGACAAACACCACUCAGCACUCAGAGCUUCCUGGGCUUUCUGUGCAGCCAAACGUCUUUGAUGACGAUGUUACUGAAUCACAGAAAGGAAGUGAUGAUCAUGUGGACGUUGAAAAGGAGACUCUGACAGGUGGUGAGGACCCUGAGGAUAGCAGCUCAGGAGCACAAACUACAAGGACUAGGCGGGCUAGUAGUCGGAAUAGAAAAGCCAAAGGCUCCCUUUCCUUAACUUCUGAGACCAACAAUGCUGCCCCUGCAAGCGAUUCUCCACCUGGUAAAGAGGCUCCCAAGGGCCGUAAGGUCAAAACUCCACGUGCAGCAGGAAAACCAUCUACCCCAGCACCUGGUGCCUCAACAUCGUAUGAUGUCGCUCCCACAUUCAGUCAAACACAGCCGACCCAGGAAACCCGCUCAACAUCUUCUACCACAUCACCAACACAAACAGAAGUGGACGCUGAACAGACUUCUGAGCACAGCCCACUAUGCUCAGACACAACUCGUAGCACUUCUCUGUGUCCUGCUGAGGUCUCAGCUUCUCAGCAGAGUGUGGAGAGCAGCUCUAUAGAGGAGGAGCCCACCAUUGUGUCUCAGUACUUCUUAAGUGACAUUUUUACAGAAGUGACUGCAGAGAAAAAUGAUGAGACUGAAACUCCCCCUGCAACGCAGACAGGAAUGGACACUCAUAGAAGAGAACCAGCCAAACUGCAGGUUAAGCCCAAUACUACCAAGAGGAAACAAGCCAGCAAGACCCUCGCUGCCAAGGAAGCAGAGUCGAUCACCAUUCAGACAAACACCACUCAGCACUCAGAGCUUCCUGGGCUUUCUGUGCAGCCAAACGUCUUUGAUGACGAUGUCACUGAGCCACAGAAAGGAAGUGAUGAUCAUGUGGACGUUAAAAAGGAGACUCUGACAGGUGGUGAGGACCCUGAGGAUAGCAGCUCAGGAGGACAAACUACAAGGACUAGGCGGGCUAGUAGUCGGAAUAGAAAAGCCAAAGGCUCACUUUCCCUAACUUCUGAGACCAACAACGCUGCCCCUGCAAGCGAUUCUCCACCUGGUAAAGAGGCUCCCAAGGGCCGUAAGGUCAAAACUCCACGUGCAGCAGGAAAACCAUCUACCCCAGCACCUGGUGCCUCAACAUCGUAUGAUUUCGCUCCCACAUUCAGUCAAACACAGCCGACCCAGGAAACCCGCUCAACAUCUUCUACCACAUCACCAACACAAACAGAGGUGGACGCCGAACAGACUUCUGAGCACAGCCCACUAUGCUCAGACACAACUCGUAGCACUUCUCUGUGUCCUGCUGAGGUCUCAGCUUCUCAGCGGAGUGUGGAGAGCAGCUCUAUUGAGGAGGAGCCCACCUUUGUGUCUCAGUACUUCUUAAGUGACAUUUUUACAGACGUGGAAGAGGGUUGAAAGCUCUAGAUAGGGAGAGGAUGAAUAUGCGUAUGGCUUGCCCUUUUUAAUUCCUUGUUGUGUUAAGUUAUGUCUGUAAAGGUUAAUUUAUAACUAAAAUUAGUUUUUUGUUUGUUUUUUGCUGUCAGUAAUAAUUAAGUGAAGCUAAAUUGAUUAUACUUUUACAAGCACUUUGAAUAUGUCCAGGAGUUUCAAUUUACUGAAAUGCUUUUUUAAAAUGCCAAUAAUUCAAAUAAGUAUUAAAUUGUACACAUCAAUAACCAAAACACUGGUAAAUUACAGGUUUGAUUCAACAAGGGAGCAGCAUUUCCCCAAUUAUUCAUUAUGUUUCAAGCCUCAGAUUCCCCAAUUUGGUUAUUUAUUAACUAUGAGAAUGCAAAUAUUGUACAAUAGCAAAACAUUUUUUCUUUUCCAUAUCUUGUCCGUUUCAAUACAGACCACAACAUUGGUCUCAGGAAGAAAGAAAAACAUGACUGGAUUACUUGACAUCAUGUACAGUUGUAUGUUUAAAUGUAUUACCUUUUUUAUAAUGCCUCUUCUGUGUAUUUGACAAUUUUUAAUCAUCCUUUCUAAUCUGAAACUAAUUUUGGUUGACUUAUUUACAAAUCCAAUAGACCGUAAAAUUGGGUCAUUAGAUUCUGCAAAUUCCACCUAUACAGAGCAGAGAGAGUCAUACUUUAUUGAAGGAAAAUGUUAUACGAGCUAGCAUUUGUUGAGACAUUUUGUUGUACUGUAUAUAGUGUUGAUUAGUUAUAGAUAUAUUCAAAGAGUUACUUGUACAGAUUUGCAGCAUUCAUAUUAUGUUUGAUACUUUGAACAAAAACAUGUGUUAUCUUUUAAAUGUUCAUUAAAAGUAACACAUGGAAUUCUAUAAGAUGUGAAUAAAAUGUAUUCUUCCAUCA